AUGGCAAUCGACCACACCACUCUAUUCGUCCCCGAAGCCAAAUUCCAAGAAUGCCUCAACUUCUACCUUUCAGCCCUCAAACCACUUGGCUAUGAAGUUCGCCAUCAAUACGGCGAGUUCGUCGUUGGACUAGGAUCCAUAAACGAAGACCUGGAUAGUUACAAACGAGCCGACUUCUGGGUCUUCGGAACAAAGACUGUACCUGAGCGUGCUGCUCAUAUCGCAUUUACCUCUCACGAUCAUGCUUCUGUUGACGCUUUCCAUGCCGCGGCGAUUGAGGCUGGUGGGAAGGAUAAUGGUCUGCCAAGUUUAAGGGAGUUUUAUCAUCCUAAGUAUUAUGCUGCUUUUGUGUUGGAUCCGGCGGGGAAUAAUAUUGAGGUUGUUGAUCAUGGGGUUUCUUUGGAUGCGUGA